AUGGGGAUUUCCAUGGUUUAUGAAGAUACAGAAGCAAUUCCCAGCAUCAUGUAUGUGAUGUCCCCACCAGGUGUUCAGACAGAGGCAUCAAUCAGGCUGCUUGGGGCUUUUGCAGGGGUCACUGUCCACGACUUCUUCAACUAGCUCUCCAUGCUUGUGCUCUUGCCCCUGGAGGUUGCCACCCAUUACCUGGAGAACCUGACUGAUCUGGUGGUGAACAUACAUUUCAAAAAUGGAGAAGUUGACCUGGCACUUCUGAAAGUGAUCACAGAUCCCUUCACAGAGCUCAUUAUCCAGCUGGAUAAAAAAGUUAUCAACCAAAUUGCAAUGAAUGAUGAAGUAGCAAAAGACAUGGGUCUGAUCAAGAUUUGGUGCAAAACGUUUACCAACGUGACUCAGAUGAAUGUCACUGUCCCCUCACCUGAAAACUGCACCUCGCCUUCCUUCUGUUGGACGAAUGGCUCCCACACUUGGACCAUCAGGAAUGUGAGCCACCAGGAGCUUAUCGCCAAAUGCCAGCACGUCUUUGUGAAUUCCAGUCUCCCGGAUCUGGUUGUUGGCAUCAUCCUGCUGCUGGUCUCCCUGCUGGUCCUCUGCGGCUGCCUGAUCAUGAUUGUCAAGAUCCUAGGCUCUGUGCUUAAGGGGCAGGUAACCGUCGUCAUCAAGAAGACACUCAACACAGAUUUCCCUUUUCCCUUUGCCUGGCUGACUGGCUACCUGGUUGUCCUCGUGGGGGCAGGCAUGACUUUCAUGGUGCAGAGCAGCUCCGUGUUCACAUCUGCUAUGACCCCACUGAUUGGUAUUCGUGUGAUAAGCAUUGAGAGGGCGUAUCCGCUCACGCUUGGUGCUAACAUCGGCACUACCACCACUGCCAUCCUGGCCGCCUUAGCCAGUUCAGGCAAUACUCUAAGGAGCUCCCUCCAGAUUGCACUGUGCCACUUUUUCUUCAACAUCUCAGGCAUCUUGCUGUGGUACCCAAUCCCAUUCACCCGCCUGCCCAUCCGGCUGGCCAAGGGACUGGGCAACAUCUCAGCCAAGUACCGCUGGUUUGCCAUCUUCUACCUCAUCAUCUUCUUCUUCCUGAUCCCGCUGGCGGUGUUCGGCCUCUCGCUGGCCGGCUGGCCCGUGCUGGUGGGCGUGGGGGCGCCCAUCAUCUUCGUGCUCCUCCUGGUGGUGCUGCUCAGGCUCCUGCAGUCCCGCUGCCCCGGCGCCCUGCCCGCCAAGCUGCGGAGCUGGCACUUCCUGCCGCUGUGGAUGCGCUCCCUGCAGCCCUGGGACGACGUCAUCUCGCUGCUCGUUGGCUGCUGCCAGAGACGCUGCUGCCGCGUAUGCUGCCUGCUGUGUGGCUGCGGCAGGUGCUGUCGCUGCAGCAAGUGCUGCGAGGACCUGCCGGAGACGCAGGGCACCCCCGUCAAGGCCCCUGAGGCCUUUGACAACGCGGCCAUGAGCCGAGAUGCCCUGGACGCGGACCCCAAGUCCCAAGCGGAAGCCCCGGGCACACAGACCAUGUCCAGCAGCACAGCCUUGUAGGGCCGCCCAGAGUGGGGAGCAGGGCCCCAGGUGCGCGGCGCCUGCUCCCUGCUGGCUCUGCACGCCUCUCUCCGCCGCCUUGCGGGGAUUUGCCCUCCCUGAGGAGCGGAGGUGACCUCAGUCCUGACUCUCAUGCCCCUUAGCCCAGCGGAACAGCUUGCCCUGUACAUUCAUCUCACCCCUGCUCCCAGGGUCUUCCUCUCCCAGGAAGGCAUGGAUUUCCAAUCCUUCUCUCAUUUCCCAUGGGUAGAGGAACUUUGAUUUCCUGCCCUCUGUCCAGGCCUGCAAAGCUCCCACCUUCUCUCAGAGGGUGGGAAGCAGGGCGUGGCUGGACCGCCCCAGAGUCACUGUGGUCAAGCAGCAGGAGGGUCCGAGCGUGUCUCCAGGU